AUGAAUCAAUGCUUAAUUCCAUGUGUCUGUCUCUUUAGAAACUGUGGGACAGUGUUCCAGAGGAUGUCUCUCCUUCUCCUUUCUGGUCGUCUACUCCAGUUGUUGGCCAUGGGUUUGCUAGCAGUGACUUUUUGUGUUGGCCCAGUGGAACCUGAAAAACAUGGAAAUGGAAUCACCCAGGAGAAGAAAUCCCCGUGGAAUGAAACAGAAAGCCUUCCUUUGGUAUCAUCUAGUGACCAGAACCCUGCUAUAGGGAAGAUCAGCAGUGCCGUCUCUCGAGAUGCCUGGUUGCUUCUUAUGAAACAGUCAAACAAUGGGGUUGUAAUAAAAAAAGGGCCCAAAAGCCAACCCCAAAAGUUAAAGCUUGGCAUUCCUGGUCCUCCUGGUCCACCUGGACUUCCUGGAGCCACAAUUACAAAGGAAGACAUGCUGAGAGAACUGCGAUUAAUACUUAAAGGAAUAAUCAGGGAACGGGAAGGAAUCAAAACUUGCAAGAACUGUCAGGAAGAAGAAGACAGGGAAGGAAUGGAAAAAAAAUUAUUUGCCCAGAUGAGUGGACUACUGCUAGAAAACAGGGAGCCAGCGAGAGUAGAGGCAGCAUUCUAUUGCCGGAUUCAAAAGAAUAUUUCAGUUGAACGACGAUCACUGCAAGAGCUUCAGCUCUAUUACAUACCUAAAAACGGGGAUGUAUUCCAGCGUGGCCUAGGACUAAACCUUACUAGUGGUCAAUACCAAGCACCUCUCAGUGGAUACUACAUCUUCAGUGCCACAUUGCAUGUUGUUCCCAAUGGCCAUGCAAAGAAGAGCCAGCUGUGUGCUCGAGAUCGUUUGCGUUUGCUGAUCUGUGUCCAGUCACUUUGCCGUCAGAAUAUUUCUCUCAAAACAGUAAAGCAUUUGGACAAAAACAGAGAACGAUUCACUGUUUCAGUCACUGGAACCCUCUUUCUGCAGGUUGGCCAAUAUGCUUCAGUAUUUGUAGACAACGCAACAGGAUCCUCCCUUGUUGUACAGAGAGGGUCAGACUUCAGUGCUGUCCUCUUGGGCGUCUGACUGAUCUGCACCCAUCUUUCUUUAAGCUGGAAUUUUGCCUUUACAGUAUUAGCAAUUAGCUAAACUUGCCCCUUCGGUCAUGUCUGUGGAGAAGACAACACUAGAAGGAACACAUAAUUUGUUUGUGCAAUACAAGCACACACAGGUUGCCACUUGCUGGUUAAGCUUGGCAAGAUGAAGAACUGGAUUCAGGAAAACUGGCACUGCUUAUGGCAAAACUGUGCAAAAGGAUGCUGAACAGCUGUGUGUAUACACAGUGUUCAAAAAUGUCAAAGAUUUCAUCUAUUACUAAAUGGCGGUAUAGUAAUUUUGUUUUCAGUGAGGGUUCUCCAGCCUAGUUUAUUCUUAGAAAUAUAUUUACUUUGUUUUCAGUUAGGGUUUGCUAAUCUGUUUUAUUCUUAGAAGUAUAUACUUGUUCUUAGAAAUAUAUAUGAUGUUUCCUGCUCAGCAAGAGUAGGCUUUGCAAAGGAUCCCACUUUUAGAAACACCACUAUCUUACUAGAUGAGUCAUUUGCUAACAUAUGGCUGGCAUUAUGUUCGUCCAAAUACAUCUUAAGAAGUAGACUUUAGUCUACGAAAGCUCAUGCUGCCAACUUUUUUCGCUCAGUUAGUUUCAAAGGUGCUACAAGAUCUCUCUAUAUACUGAUUCUAUGACUAACAUGGCUAUGUCUUUGAAUCCUGUUGUGAAAAAUGCAGGCAUAAGUCCAAUUUAUGCUUGCGUAUGUCUUUUGGGGUGGGGAGUGUUCCUUGUGCAGGUCAGAAUGCUCUUCCUUACAAUGACCAGAGUUCUGUAAUAUCUUCUGGGACCCCCUGUAGGUCUUCCAGAAGUCAUGGAGGAUGAUGUUGUUAUAAUCUGGCCAUCACAUGGACAGAUGCAUCUCAAUCAUCUCCUGCUCCCCACAAGUACUUAUACGGCCAUGAAGGUGGUGGUGGUGGGGAGAUACAGGAUGAUGGUGAUUCCUACAGGAUGUUUCAUAAUUCUUCCAUGGUAGAGGUUUAUGAAAGAUCUUCUGAUGCAGGAUCAUGGACAUGGAUCACAUGUUCACACACAUUAACUCCCCCCCCUGCCUCCAACUGUGCUGAUAUUGCUUUUGUGUGGGAUAUACCAACUCUCUGGUCUCUCCUAACCUAGAAAUGUAAUUUCUUUAUGAUUUUGUGUUGCAGAUUGCCCAGUUUACAAAUGAUGCUGGGUAAACUGCUAGCUAUCAAGUUUGGCUCAGGGUUCAUAGAGGCACUGGCUUGCCUCAUUUGCUCCAGUACUAAUCCAGUUCAGCUGUUGCCUUGAAAUCCAUCAGGCCACAUUGUGCUGCUAACACAUGGAGAAAGGACAUAUUUUGUGCCACUCAUUUUGGGACUGAUUAUCAGGGCAAACUUAUAUGUCCAAUGGCGACAUGGAGGAGGAAGAAAAAGGUACUUCCCUUUCUUAGUAAUUGUAUGUACCUUCUCUGGAGCUGCUACAACUGCACAAUGAUAACCAAGAAAUCUAACACAGUAUAGAACCACCCUCUACUUCUACACCAAUCCUGGCACGUAGGCAGGCAAAUGAACUCUUCUCAUAUUUAGGGUUUUUUUUUUAAAAAAAAAAAAUGUUUUCACAGAAAUUGGGGGAAGUACACAUUUUAGCCCAAGAUAUGUAAUGGCUCUCUCCAGAUAACUCUCUUUUAUAUAAUCACUCCCUACAAGCUAUCAUUGAAAAAACGUUCUGCAAAGUAUACUGUGGAAACCCUUGAUACAAGUGGCACUUCUACUGGAGUGCCAGCAUCAACUUUUCUGAAACAAGAUCUGCUGCUAGGACUUCUUACACUGGUCUACAGACAUGCAGUUACUCAUACAGAGUUUAAUUAAACAGUCAUGUCAUAUUGCUUUCCAGGCAGUGAGACUCUGGAUUUUUUAAUCUUCUUCCCAUGAAAUGAAUGAUGGUGAUUCCUGCAGAAUGUUUCCUAAUUCUCCCAUGGUAGAGGUUUAUGAAAUAGCUUCAUGUAAAAAUCAGUCGGUUUCAGGAAAACAUCUUAUAUUAUCUCCUUAACAUCUAGUUCUCUACAAGCAAGGAUUUCCCCCCCAGCGCAGGGGAAUGUUUUCACACAUAAGCCUGCCUUCUCUAUGCAUUAUUACCUCAGACUUAUGAAGUGCAGGUACAUGGGAAAAGAAAUAGUUUUUUCCCAAAAUGAGAUGUCAUCUUUCUGCAUCAAGAGAUCAAAAGAGCAGAAGCAGCUAAAGGAAAGGUCAAAACAAGUUUGGAGGCAGCUAUAUUGAGCUAUUGCAUACAACUAGAUGUUUUAGGAAAGACAAAUUGUCAGUAAGUAAUGCACCCACCCUUCCCACUCUGGAAAUGCCACUUAAGCCUGAUAAGGCGCAAGAGGUGCCCUGCCCUCCAGCAUGAUUGCCCUUAGCUCUCCUACUGCAACUGUUUCCUAAUAAUGCUUACAUUCUCAUCUGUUAAGUGUAUUAAUAUAUAUGCUUUAAAGUUUUUGUGAGCAGCUCUAUUUAUUGUACUAUA